AUGGAAGGUGAGGCAUCGUGUGGUUCAGUAUCAGAUAUAAGGAGGUCAGGGAAUGUACCCAGGAGGCUGCUGAAUUGGAGGAACGAUAGGUCUGAUAUGAAGGGCAAACGGGUAGUAGAUUCCACAAGAAGGGGUGGAUUGAGGCGGCGUCGAAGAGUGGGUAUUAAUGGUGGGAAUUAUUAUUCGGUUUCAUCGCAUGAUCCUUCCUCUUGUGUAGAGGUGCAAGAUGGUGCUGUUCCUGUAUCUCCUUCUAGCAUCAACAUGAGAGGGAAUGAAUUGAGUGAAGGUAUCUCAUUGCCCGUUGAUAAUGAAGAUGAUGCUCAUAACUUUGAAUGUGAGUUCUCUUGGUCCCUGAAUUCCGUGAAUGAUGAUCAAAAGAUGACCAUUAAGCCUGAUGAUACUGAAACACAGAUGAUGGAAAGGGAGCACGAUAUCACCACUGUUUUAGAAGCUACAGCUGAUGAAACGAUUGGCCAAGAGAUGAAUGGCGAUCAAAAGAUGACCACUAAGCCUGAUGAUAUUGAAACACAGAUGAUGGACAAGGAACACGAUACCACCAUUCAAUCAGAAGCCACAGCUGAUGAACAGACUAAGAUUUGCCAAGAGGAAUAUUUAAUACAUGCAUUGAUGUACGAUGAAUUGAUUUUUUGA